AGGAGGCGGGCGGCGGCGGCGGCGUUGAGAAGAAUGGGCUCCAGGUCGGAGGAGCUUAGCCUGGUCCCCUUGCACCAGAGGCCGGAGCUGAUGGAGGCCUGUGCCCAGCUGCUCGGCGAGGAGUGGGGGAAGAGCCAGGCAUCACGGCUCCACUCACUCCAGCGCUCCUCGGAUGCCUUCCCCAUCUGUCUCGUGCUGCUGCGGAGCUGGGGCCCUGCGGAGCUCCCUGCUGCAGAGAAGAGCCCCUGCCAGCUCCUGGGCCAUGUCCGGCUGUCCCGUGUGGUUGGCCACCCCCAUAGCCUCUUCGUGGAGAGCGUAGUGGUACCCAGGGCAUUGCGGGGCAAGGGCUAUGGGAGAAAGCUGAUGGAGGCCAUGGAGAAGUACGCCCGGGCCCAGGGUUUUCACCGCUUGCACCUCACCACCCAUGACAAACAGCACUUCUAUGCCCACCUGGGCUAUACCCUGGCUGAGCCGGUGCAGAUUAUGGCCUUCCUGAGCUCUGGCAUCUCUGCAAAGGUGUUGCGGAUCUUCUCUGCCCACCCGAGCCCAGCCACCAGCAACCUUGGAGCGUGGGUGCCAGCCACCACUCAGCCUUCCCUGCCACCCACCAUGGUGCCUCCCCCACCCCCACUGCCUCCGCUGAGCUGGAUGAGGGGUGCUCCAGCCAAAAGCUAUGGGCAGAACCUCCUGGAGACCCCCCACUGUGAUGCCAAAGGCCUGCCCAUCUUCUGGAUGAAGAAGGACAUUUGAGGCCCCAGGGCCACGAGAGAGUCAUUAAAGGCAAGUGCGGGAAGAGGAUGACCA